GUGCAAACACUGGGGCGAAACACGUGUGCGUCGGGAGCGCGCUGACAAACGUAAACAAACAUGAGGAUUAACGCGAAAACCCAGGUUUGGUCUCGGACUGUGGUCCUCGUUCCUUACCGAGAGCAUCACGUCGCAAAGUAUCACGAAUGGAUGAAGGACCCGUACUUGCAAGAGAUGACAGCUUCGGAACCUCUGUCCUUGGAUCAAGAGUACGAAAUGCAGAAGUCGUGGCUAGAGGACGAAGACAAAUGCACGUUCAUCAUAUUGGACCGGGAAACUUACGAGAGUGGCAUGGAUGAAGUGGAUGCGAUGAUUGGCGACGUUAACUUGUUCUUCAACCACCAGGACCGACCCCACGACGCAGAAAUCGAGGUUAUGAUUGCAGAGUCGUCACAACGCCGGAAAGGCCGCGGCAAAGAAGCGAUUCACCUGAUGAUGAGAUACGGUGUUGAAGAACUUCGCGUCACUGCUUUCUCGGCCAAGAUAAAACUGAGCAACGAAGUCAGCCGAAGGUUGUUCGAGAACAUAGGAUUUUCUUUGGUAUCGACGAGCAGUGUUUUUGAAGAAGCAACGUACCGCAUUGAAGUGAAUGACGAGUUAAUGACCGUUCUGAAUUCUGCCACACCAGAUUACAGGCUUGAAUCGUUACUUUAACUAUAUCAUCUGUGUCUUUUGGUGUACAUAUGCUUUAACGUGACAUGCAAAUAAACUUGUACAUGAAAUACAGCUGAAACCUUUAGUUUAU